AGUUCGCAUCCGGUUCGUGAGGAGACUCAGAUACACACAAAAAAGCGGAGAAAGGAAUUUUAAAUCUCAGAGACAAGAGCGGAAAUUCGUGUUUUUAUAUUUUUUUACGUGAGUGUAAGAAUGGGAAUGGAGCAGAGAGAGUUUAUUACAAACUGUAAGUGAGGAUUUUAGUGUGAGGACCGAGAGCGGAACCUGAGAGGAACCAUUGCUGUGCUAACAGGCUAAUGCUAACCUAGUGUGUGUGUGUGUGUGUGUGUGUGUGUUGUACCGGGUUACUUUAUACCGGGUGUGUGUGUGUGUGUGUGUGUGUCGGUCGGUCGGUCGGUGAUGGCGAGCUCGGCCCUGUACGCUUGUACCAAGUGUAACCAGCGCUACCCGUUCGAGGAACUCUCUCAGGGACAGCAGCUCUGUAAGGAGUGUCGGAUCGCCCAUCCCAUAGUGAAGUGCACAUACUGUAGAACGGAGUUUCAACAGGAGAGCAAAACCAACACCAUUUGCAAGAAAUGUGCACAGAAUGUCAAACAGUUUGGAACACCGAAGCCAUGUCAGUACUGCAACAUCAUCGCAGCAUUUAUUGGGACAAAGUGUCAGCGCUGCACAAACUCUGAGAAGAAGUAUGGGCCACCACAGACUUGUGAGCAGUGUAAACAGCAGUGUGCCUUCGACAGGAAGGAGGAGGGUCGGAGAAAGGUGGAUGGGAAGCUGCUGUGUUGGCUCUGCACUCUCUCCUACCGACGCGUUCUACAGAAAACUAAAGAACAGCGGAAAGGCCUCGGCUCGUCUCACUCCAACUCCUCAUCACUCAGCGACAAGGAACACCGUCACCAUCACCGCCACAGCACCUCACACAAGCAGCCUCUCACGUUACUGCCUGAGGGACAGGGAGAAAACCACCGGAAAAGGCUGAGCAGCAGUUUGAGUCCGGAACAGGAGCAGCGACUGUGGGAACAGAGCCAUAAAUCAUCAUCCAUUCAGAAAGAAACGCCAAAGAAGAAACCCAAACUGGAGCUGAAACCAUCCAAUGGAGACAGUAGCUCUAUCGCUCAGUCGAUGGACUCAGGUGGGACGGAUAACUUCAUCCUGAUCAGUCAGCUGAAAGAGGAAGUGAUGUCACUGAAGAGGCUGCUGCAGCAGAGAGACCAGACCAUCCUUGAGAAGGACAGGAAGCUGACGGAGCUGAAGGCUGAUUUUCAGUAUCAGGAGUCAAACAUGCGGCUGAAGAUGAACAACAUGGAGAAAGCUCACAAAGAGGCCAUGGAGCAACAACAGGGAAAGAACAGGGAGUUGAUGAAACAGGUUGCUGCUCUCUCGAAAGGAAAGAAGCUCGACCGCACCAGCAGUUCUCUCUUGUUACCAUGACAGUGACCUCACCCACACAUGCCUGUGUGUCAUCACUGUGAGGAAGCUGAGGCCGUAUGACACCCCCCCCCCCCCCCCCCCAAAAAAAUGCUGCCUGUCUGUCUCUAAAUUGGUAUUCAUUUGUCUGUCUCAUUCCCUGUCCCUCUCUUGCGCGCUCUCUCCCUGCACCCAUCUCAUGUCUGUCUCCCUGUCCACCCUUUUGUCCUGAGCCUGUGUUUGGUCAUGUAUCUCUCUUUAUCCAUCUCUGGUUCUUCUGUCCCUCUCCUGAUGAUGUCACAUACGCAGCCCUGCCCCAAUCAUGUGACUCUGAGCUGAGGGGCUGUGCUAUGGACAAACAAUGGCUGCCAGGCACACCGACCCGAUAGAAUGCACACACCAUAUGUCUGUCUGCAGAGAGUAACUGUACAGCUGACUGUCUCUCUGCCUGUGCAUGGGUGGGCUUUUAAUCACAAUAAUGACGAGGAUUUUAUUCUGUGUGAAAGAGAAUUACUGUUCAUAUUAUAGGAAUAUCUCUCUCUCUCUCUCUCUCUGUAUGUCUCGAAGUCUUUGUACUGUGACACUUUUUUGUAUUUUUUAUUUUGUCCUCCAGAGUGUGGACAUUUCAGGAACAAUAAAUCUUAAACUCUUC